AUGAGCAAAAAGAAAAAGGACUGGAAGACUGAAAAAGCCAAGAACAAUGAAGGAGAUGACGAGGAGCAGACAGGUGGAGGUGGCCUCGGUGAUAAAGUGUCUCUCUACAAGGGUGAUAUCACUGUCCUGGAAGUGGAUGCAAUAGUCAAUGCUGUUGACUGCUGCAUACACAAAGCGGCAGGGUCCUGUCUGUAUGAUGAGUGUCACUCACUAAAUGGCUGUGACACCGGCAAAGCCAAGAUCACCUGUGGCUAUGAUCUCCCUGCAAAAUAUGUGAUCCACACUGUUGGCCCGGUGGCAAGAGGUCAUGUUAGCCAAAAGGAGAGAGACGAUCUUACCUCCUGCUAUAAAAACUCCCUGGAUUUGAUGAAGGAGCAUAACUUGAGUUCUGUGGCCUUCCCAUGUAUUUCCACAGGCAUUUACGGCUAUCCCAAUGAGCCUGCAGCAGACAUUGCUCUGAAUACAGUGAAGAAGUGGAUUGAAGAUAACCCUGAUAAGAUCAAACGGGUCAUUUUUUGUGUCUUCCUUGAUACUGAUUUUGCCAUUUACAAGAAGAAAAUGGCCAUCAUCUUUCCAGAUGAUGACAUUGAGGAUGAGAAGGAGCAGCUGAAGGAAGAAAGCAUACCUCCAUCAACAGAGUCCACAACCAACGAAGAGACGGAGGAAAGCAAGAAGGGUAACGAGGAAGCUGGUGAAGAAGAGGAUAAGCAUAAGGGACAGCAAGAUGUAGAGAUGGAGAGUCAAACAGAGGAAAAUCCUACUAAUAUGGAUCCGGAGGAAAACCAAAAUGUGGAUGACCAAGUAAAGCAUGAUGAAGACCAGAAUAUGUCCACCGACAGCAAAGAAGGCGGCGAUAAAGACAAAGAAUCCAGCAAAGAUAACGAUGAGAACAAAGCAGAGCCAGAGCAACCUAAAGAAAAAAACAAUGAAGAACCACCAAAUGACACGAUGGAGACAGAGGAUACAUCAGAAACACUCCCCGGCACUGGCAACGAUGAUGAGAUGAAAACUGUUGAGAGCUCAGAAGAACCUCUUUUAAAUAAACCCGAAGACCCAAAGCCCAAAGAAACUAUUAAGAACAACGAAUGACCUGCUGAGAGGAGAACAAUCAACCUCAUCUGACAGCCAGAAAACUGUGCAAAGGCCAACCCCACUGGUGUCAGCCUGGCCCAUGUCAGAAUGGGCUCUGACAUUGGCCCAGGAAAACCAGUUACUUCCCAUGAUGCUCACAUUCCCUACUUUAAUUAGCUUCCCAUCUCCUCUUUCUUUCCUAAAGUAUGUAUGCACUGUAUGUAAAUGUAUGUACAAAACCUUGCUAUGGGACUUGAACAUAUCAACCAGAAAAGAUGAGCCAUACCUCACUGUGUGUUAGUCAUCCAUCAUUUUGCCAGCAGGGUGCGAAGAGACGAACCAGGUUCAAGUCUUCAUUUGCUAAAAGCCACUGUGAGAGCUCGGUCAAGCUGUCAGAGGACAGCAGACCCGCUCCUACUGUACAUGUUGACACCCCUGACUGGAUGAGGCUUGACAUCAACCUUUUUGUUCCUUUGAUUCCAACACGGCAAUAUACAGGUUAAUAUUCUGCAUUUAUGGGGCUUUUAGAGUGCACUACACUAACACCUGCUCUGUCUCAUCACAUGCUGGGGAAGCGCCAAGUCAAAUCAGCCAAUAGCUGUAAGGCAAUGUGCCAUUCCCAGUCAACUCAUCUGCUAACAUCCCAGAUCAGGAACACAAACCAGGAUGUGUGUGUCUCUUGACAAAUUGACAAGGUCUUUUUUUUUCUCUCUCUCUGCUUUCUUCACCUUUUCCAGUGCAUGCCAGAAAAUUGCUUUGAGUUUCUCAAACAUAAACAGGAACUAGUCCUCUUCGCUUUUGCGCGUCUUCUUUCCAGAUUGUUUAUUAUUGUAUGGAAGGAAUCUGCCUUAUUUCAUAUCAGAAAAAAAAAGGUGUCAGACUUUAGGAACUGGGCCAAGUAUGAUUUAUUUCUCUUGUGUUUUGCUUGCAGAUGAUUUGUAUUUUUAAUUACAUCUCAUGAUGGCUAUUACCUGUUGUUAAUCAUUUAUUGUUUUGUUCUCUUGGGUUAAACUUAAAAUGGUUUUACUUUCUUUUAAUAGUUGGAUAAGGAUUGAUUAUUAUUUUUGGUGAUGCUAUACUAAAGAGGAGACGAAUUACAGCUCUAUGAAAUGAAAUGAUGCCUUCAUACUUUGAUGUUUGCUUUGCUAAACUAUAACAGAAACGACUAAUAAAGUUUAAACGCAAAGCCCGUCUGA